AUGGCUGUUGGGGGCCGGAGUACUGCUUCUCCACGAGGUGGUCCGGUGGAUGAGAACGACAUUUCUGUGAAUUUUGAUGCUCCCUCGUUGACGUUGGGCGUGAACGGGAGUGUUACUUUCCAUUCGAGUGGAGAAGGAACUGUCAGCAAUUACAGCCUUGUCCUCUUGCAGCUACCAAAUGAUACCUCGAGUUUCGUUGUCAAGAUUUUGGACGUGCAGACAGAUAUUUGUAUAACUUCCGAAGGUGCGGAGAGAUGUGGUUCGGGAGCCAUUGUUUAUGAAGCAUCGCCUACAGCGCUCGUCUCACAGACUAUAUCUCUCAUACUGGAUGGUCCAAACGGCAACAACACAGACGUACCACCUACAGCAUUGGACAACGUCUUCUACUGUUUAGGACCAAAUGAUGGCACGCAGGACAUCUGCGACUUCUACAGCAGCGUCUUUAACAUAGCGGUUGUCGACGGAAGCCCUCCAGUGGCAUCUUUCGUCUCAUUCCCAUCAGCAAUGGCAGUCUCAUCUACUACCACCGCACCACUAUUACAAGUCCACCUAGCUACAACCACUACCACAGAUGGCAACAGCGGCCCAACAGCAGCUUCAUCCAGCCUCUCCGUAACAGGCACCUCCCUAACAACCAUCACUCAAACACCCACCACCUCUCCCACCGCCUCAGCCUCACCAAUCACCUCCCACUCCUCCUCCAGCAAACUCUCCACCGGUGCAAAAGUAGGCAUCGCCCUCGGCGCCCUAGCAUUCAUCUCCCUCCUCCUCCUCGCCGCCCUCUUCCUCCUCCGCAAAAAACAUGCCUCCCGAAAAACCCUCUCUUCCUCACAAACGCACCCCCACCAACCCGAACAAGUAAUGCUCACGCGGGACAUGCACACCGACUCCUUCUCCCGAAACCUCACGAUGCUCGAAAAAGACCGCGGCAACCCGUCGUCUACAAUAACAACGACCCACACCCACGACGCCGACACCCCGCUCGAAAGCACAUCCCCUUCGACUAUACAACGGCACUCCGCCAUCUCGCCGUACGAACCUAUCAGUAGUAGUAGCGGUCCCACCGCAAUAGCAGCAAACAACAACAACAACAACAUUAUACCCCGACGAAAACCCACAAACACAAACACAGCAACAACCUCGCCCACAGCGACCUCAGCAUCACCACACACGCCGCCGUCAGAAGAAACAUUCGAAGCGUACCACGACGUCCCGAUCUACGGGGACGCGCGCCACGUGCCGCAAGUCUUCAGCUCGACCCCCGAGCGCGGGGUCGUCUCGAGUCCGUUCCUGGGCGAGGAGACUGAGGGUAUGAGUCCCGAGGAGGUGGCGCGGUUGGAGGAGGAGGAGAGGAGGAUCGAUGCUGCGAUUGCGGCUGCUGAGGGCCGGUAG